AUGAAAGGCAGAAGAAGCUUCUCAAGAAACACCCCAUUUUGGAACUUGAUUGAGGUGUUUUACAACCGAAGGAUUGACAUGAAUAACAUGAAUAAGUCAGACCUUGACUUAGUUCAGCUGCUCAAGAAGUUUGAUCCGGAUACAAAGUCCUUCAAAUUUGGCACCGAAGCAUUCAAGAUCACAGGCAAUGCAGUGACUCAGAUUCUAGGACUGCCAAAUGAAGGAAAAUCUGUCAAACUUGUCAAUGAUAGGUACACUUCUACCUUCAGAAUAAGGCACUUUGGAGAAAAGGGAAAACCAUCAAAAAAUCUGGUAGAAGCAGAAUUACUGAAGACAAUUUCAUUGGCAAACCAACCGAAGAAAGAAAAGGCCAAGGCAGAGCAAAAGAAAGAAGCUGAAGAAGAAGAAGAAGAAGAAGUUGACUACGACAAGGAGGUGGUCAGCAUAAUAUUGAUUCACCUAUGCAUGACAUUCCUUUUUGCCAACGCUUCGUCUACUUUGCAUUGGAAAGUAUUUGAGCACUGUGUGAAUCUGGACACACUUUCAAGCUAUUCUUGGGCAAGUGCUGUUUCAGCCUACAUGAAUGAAUCCUUGGUCGCAAAAGCAAAAGCAAAAGCAAAGAAGGGAGGAGAAGGCUCUAUAGGAGCUGUUUCGGGUUGCAUUAUCCUAAUAUUGUUUCUACUGUGUGAGAGGACAAACAUAAUACAACCAAUCCUGGGCAAAGAGAAAGAAACUCCUGCCAUUCUUAAAUGGAGUCUUGUGGAACUCCACACAAGAUUCAACCAAAUAACGGACUUGAAUGACAUCGAGGGUAUUUUCAAAACUCCUAAAAAGCGAAAAAAACUACCAGGGAAGAGGAAGACACUGUUGACAAGGGUAUUUUGA